CGCCCCCCGGUGCCCGUGGCCGCUGCGCCCCUGCGCUCACUCGCUGGCGCCGGUUUACCGCCUCCUUUCCCGCCGGGGCUGUUGCCAUGCAAAUGUUAUUCCCCCGCCGGUCACGUGUCCUUUGAAGGGCCACGUGGAUUAACAAAGCUGAUCUGCCCCCAGCUCGCCCCCCUCGGCUGCUAAAUUUUUUUUCUUAACUUUUUAAAAAACUGAUCUUGAAUGCAUGCAUCCCCCAAACGCAGCUCCCUUAAUCCUAUGGAAUAAUUCAACUCGUGAAUGCACUUGGAGCCCUAGAUGACCGCUUUAUAAGACAGCCCCUGGUAGUUGGGAAGCUCCAGUCUACCUGGGACUCUCAAGAAGACACACGAGGCGAAAAGUGGACGGGUGCCUCACGCCACCGCCUCUCCUGAGGGCGCAUACUGACCAGGAUGUCAGAUAAGCUCAAGGAACGCAAAAGAACCCCCGUUUCGCACAAAGUGAUAGAAAAGAGGAGGAGGGACCGGAUUAAUCGCUGUUUGAACGAGCUGGGCAAGACGGUGCCCAUGGCCCUGGCCAAGCAGAGUUCCGGGAAACUGGAGAAGGCGGAGAUUCUCGAGAUGACCGUUCAGUACCUGAGAGCCCUGCACUCGGCAGAUUUUCCCCGGGGAAGGGAAAAAGCAGAACUGCUAGCGGAGUUUGCCAACUACUUCCAUUACGGCUACCACGAGUGCAUGAAGAACCUGGUGCAUUAUCUUACCACGGUGGAGCGGAUGGAGACGAAGGACACCAAGUACGCGCGCAUCCUCGCCUUCUUGCAGUCCAAGGCUCGCCUGGGCGCCGAGCCCGCCUUCCAGCCGCUGGGUUCGCUCCCGGAGCCAGAUUUCUCUUAUCAGCUACACCCAGCGGGGCCCGAGUUCACGGGCCACAGCCCGGGUGAGGCGUCUGUGUUCCCGCAGGGCGCGGCCCCGGGGCCCUUUUCCUGGCCGCACAGCGCGUCCCGCAGCCCGGCUCUGCCCUACCUGCCCAGUGCGCCGGUGCCGCUCCCGAGCCCGGCGCAGCAACACAGCCCCUUCCUGGCGCCCGUGCAGGGCCUGGACCGGCAUUACCUCAACCUGAUCGGCCACGCCCACCCCAACGCCCUCAACCUGCACACGCCCCAGCACCCCCCGGUGCUCUGAUGCUGCCUCGCCCGCAGAUUUCUCUGCGCUUCGGGCGCUGCACAGGAGAAAUACUGUAUACUGUACAGUGUAAAUAUUGUGCCACCAAAAAAGCCGGGUGGGGGAAGGCCACAAGCGAAUGUCUUCUGAAGGAUCUCCCCUGGCAAUAAACGUUUUCUGAUAAAGCCCCA